AUGUCAAGAAGGGAAAGAGUGAAGCGUUGGUUCGCGGGGGAGCCCUCAACGCACAGCCACCCUGAUGACUCCAGCGAUCAGGAUGAGAAAAGCAUUACUCCGUCGUCCACUCCGUCUUCUCCGAUUACACAUGCACAGGACGGUGACACCGUGACAGCGCCCUUCAAGCAUGUCAACCCUUUCCGGGCGUACCAAGGCAAUCAUAAGCGUUCCGGAAGUGCUCAUGGCGAUGGUAGCCGCUGGGACCGGCUGAAUGAAUUCCACACGGUCUUCCUGAUCGACGACUCAGCGUCGAUGGUGAACGAUUGGGCUGAUGCCAUGUCCCUCCUGGGCGAAGUCGUGCCGCAAUGCAUGGCCUGCACCCAGAGCGACGUAUCAUUCUUUUUCACGAACCGAUGGACCGGCGCGCCGUCCCGCUUCGACGAGGGCUGGAGGCCGGAAUGGCCCGUCCCUUCGGGCCACCUCGACGUGAGGCACAUCACCAGGGCGGCAGCCAGAGCGAGCGGGGAACCCGAGGAGCAGAGCGCCGAGUUCGUCUUCGAGGACCUGGCGCCUGCCAAUGGCCAUGCCCCCGACGCCUCUACCACGAUCGCCAAGCGGCUAAGCCAGAUCCUGAGGCCGUAUAUCGAAGCAUACAAGGAGGGGUUGAAGGCUGAGGGCGACGCACGGUUUAAGCACAUGGUACAGAUCAACAUGGUCGUGGUCACGAACGGCGCUGGUCUUGCGGAUCUCGAGACCGAGACUCUUGCGAUAGCGGAGGACCUGAACGACUGCGGAGCACCGUCCGCACAGGUUGGUAUCCAGUUUGUUCAGGUCGGCGGGGACAGGGAGUGCAGCGAUACGCUGAAGAAUAUCGACAGCGAUCUGAUCCUCAAGCACAGCAGAGACAUGGUCGAUACUGUCUUGUACGACCAGACCCGGGACCCGGGGAUGGGGCACAUGACGGAUGACGGCCUGUUCAAGGUGCUCAUGGGUGGCGUUAGCAGAAAGGUCGAUAUGCGACGGCUGGAGAAGGGUCAUUUCUUGGGACGUUCGUAG